UGGGAUAGUGCGGGCAGGGGAUGGUUUGAAAAAAAAAAAAAAAAGGGUGGAGUGAAGGGGAAAAAGAGAGAGACAGAGAGGAAAGAAGAAAAAAAAAAACCAAACCUAAAAGAAAAAGAAAAAACAGCAGGAAGCGAAAUGAUCCACAGGUGACUCGAACAUCAUCAGCCACUCGAUCGCCAAGUCCCAAGCAGAGAGCUACCGUUCGCCGGAGCGCGCUCGCCCGCCUGUCUUUAAGUGUUGUCGUUUACAUUUGACAGUGAACAAGAAAUGUAUCGAACCGAAUCCAUCGAAUCACGAAGACCAACAUUGGAUUAAUAGCAAUUUUCUACCACUGAUCGUUUACUACCCACAAUCGAAUACUACGCGAACCUUAUUCUACUAGCAAACUAUUCUACAACAGAGAUUAGCACUCACUAUACACAACCUGUUCCAGAAUAUUGUGGAUUAAUCGAAGAAAAUCGAAAGAGAACAUUCCCAAAGAGAUCUCUCGUCAACAUGAUCUACCUGCAAAUCACGUUUUACGUGCUCGUCGUCGUGUCCAGCGUCCGUUCGAUGCCGGUGGCUGACGUGCAAGAAACGGCGCCGACGGAAUGGACUCACGACAUCACGACAGAAGAGGCAACGGCGACCACUUGGCUGGCGCCAGAAUCGCUUACAAAAGAGAUGCUGGACGCUGCUGAGGCUGUCGGCCCGGACGACAAAAGCCCUGCAACGACCCCGACCGAGGAGCCGUUCAACGCCGUCACCGACCGUGACGAGGCGACCGUUUGGUCGCCCUCGCAAACGGUCGAGAUCCGUCUUCAUCCUCAAACGUUGAGGACCGAAGAGGUGAAAGCUGGUGAAGAACAUGCUGUGGAAGAAACGAGAACGACGUCGACUACGGUGGCGACUUCUAGCGUCGCUCCAGCUCAAGAGGACGUCUUCGGCCAGCGGACGGCGAUGAAACCUCAGCAACAGCAGCACGGAAGCUUCAGCGGUCUAACGGGCCGUUUGAGAUCGAGGGACAGCGUCGGUGCAGCCUUGCGUCGGGCCGUUACGGGUUCUCCGGCCGUCCAAAAACUGCAGCAGAGUACGACGCGCAUGGCCAGUUUGCCCGUCUCUUCGGGGCGUGGCAAGGCCGGCGGCAUAACCGGACGUAAAAUUGUCGGUUUUGGCAGCUUGUCCAACUUGCCAAGCAUCCAACGCGUCCCUCCGAAAUCUUUCUUUAAGAACCGACCAACUGGACAUGGCCAUGGCGGUGACACACCUGCAGAUACCCAUAUGGAACCUUCACCUCAAUGGCUAUACGGAACUAGUAAAGACACGAGGAAAGCCGUCGAAUCCUUCCGGCUAUCCAAUAACGAGCGAUUGCUUGUUUUGGGACUGCGUGAUAAAGUGAUGACGACGACGACGACGACUGUCAGCAACCAGGAAGCAGAAAUCGUUACGUCUACGACUAGUAAACCGCAAGAAGAGGCUUCUACGACGACAUUGUUUACCACUACGACAACCGUUCAACCUCCCGUCGACGAACAGAUGCCCGUCACCGAUUCCACGGGGAUCGUGGAAUCGACUACGACGCGGCCGGCAGUUUUGGAAAUUGUGACACAAGAAUCGAAUGAUGUGCCACUGCAAACGAGCGAUGCAACUCCUCAAGCGAGUGACGCAAUUCCGGAAAUCAAUAACGAAACAUUGGAAAGAACGCGCGAUAAGGCAGAAGGUCAAGUGACGUCCACCGAACUCACUCCGCACGCGGAAACUGUCUCAACGUUGACAGCCAGCUCUACAGAAACGAAUCCUUUCACGUCGUCCAAGACGAAACUCGAACCAAUUGCGCCAAAUGAAAAAGUGGAGCCCAUCAAGAGCCUCGACAAUUCUCCGCUAGAUGGCCAAACAUCGUCUAAACAAGAAUUGGGAUCUUUAGCUGCGAGCGACGACUGUUUCGGCGCUGAUUGCAACGGCGACGAAGAGACGGGCUUGAACAUGGGCCAGUUGGAUCAUGGCGGAUUCGAUGAAGAGGCACAUCGAUAUCUGGUGGAAGAGAAAACGCACGAUGGUUACAUCAUCGGUGAGUUUGGAGUGGUCAGCCGGUCGAGCGACUUGAGGGCCGUUCGUUACACGGCUCACGGCUCCAUCGAUCCGCAACUGAUUCAGGAAAUGCUGCGGACCUUCUGGUUACUGAAAACGGGCGAGAAAAAGUAAAGAAAACAAAAAAAGACUAUCGUUAUUGUUUUGUUUUGUUUUUAUUGCGUUGUGUUUUUGUUUUUUUUGUGUCACUCGCUCUCACCAAUCAUUCGAUUCCUAUCUAUUUUUUGUUCCAAAGUGUUUUCUAAUUGUCGACAUCCGGCGGGAGACGGUACGACCCUUUAUUACUGGAACCAGUGCAAUCUCCGAUUUUAUUUUUUUUUCUUUUGUUUUUUUCUCUUGAUUUUUGCAUACACACACAGACGCAGAGUUCUGAGAAGAUGUCGGCAGGACGCUGAAAAAGAGUCUCCAUUUUUCCCAAUUUAUUUUUCAAAUUUGAUUUGUUACGUUGAUUGAUGGAUUCAGCGCGUCGGUAUUUUAUCGUAUUUUUUUAAAUUUGGUUUGUGUGUGUGCAUGUCGUGUAUGUACGUGGCCACGUUCAACAUCUGAUAUUUUCUUGGCUCUCUUCUUCACGCCCUUUUUUGCAAUUCUUGAACUUCUUAGAUGGAAUCUAAUUAGAUUGCAGCGUGCCAUAGUCUGUCGUGUAUUGUUUCUCUGGCGGAACGAAAGGAGAACAAUAAAUGGUCUUCCACUCUAA